AAGGGCCGCCCCGGCAGUAGCCGGGUGUGGAAGGGCACAUCGGCCUCCAUCAAAGCUUUGGGGCGUGAGAAGACCUCCGGGAAGCAUGAAUAGGGAGCCUCUGUAUCGGUCGGGUCCAGAUGCGUCCUUCCUGCUACAAGUGCAAGGCAGACACAUUUCUCUUCUUGUGCUGCAGGGCUGAGGAGUGGGCUGGGGCUUUUUCCCCCUCGAACCUAGAACCUUCGAGACAGGAGCUGAGUCCCUGCGAGGAGAAAAGCCCACAGAACGCGGGAGGGCAGAGGCCAGGGGCUUAUCCGGUGCCUUCUUCUCUCCAGCCCCGGCCCCACCUGCGAGGGGGCGGGCCCUCGUGGCGCUGGACCAAUCAGCACCUACCUGCGCUCACCUGGCCUCCUCCGGCGAGUGCUGGCAAACCGUGGUGCUCAAAGGGGCGCGGAGAUCCUAGCCGAGCACUAGCCAGCCUUCGCGCCAGCUUCUUCGCCCCUCUUCUCUAGCCAUGGGGCUCCCCAGUGGGCCAUUCGCGUCCCUCUUCCUCCUCAUCCUCCAGGUAUUCCACUGUCCUGCCCUUGCCGGGUCGGGACUACUCCCUGGAGAGCGGGCGGUGUCCGCACACACGGCGUGGCAUCUGGGGGAGAGCGGGGCUGGGCUUCUCCCGGCCUCUUUAGUCCGGGAGGCCCGGUACGGACUCCCAGGAUGGGGUGUGCAGGGGCGGGCACCCCUGUGACCCAGCCUUCCUCUUACCCCCUCUGCCUCCAGGCUCAGGUUUGUUGGCUGCAGUGCGCGGCCUCCGAGCCAUGCCGGGCGAGCUUCGGGGAGGCUGAAGUGACCUUGGAAGCGGGAGGCGCGGAGCAGGAGCGCGGCCAGGCUCUGGGGAAAGUAUGCAUGGGCUGCCCUGGGCAAGAGUUGGCUCUGCUUAGUACUGAUAACGACGACUUCACUGUGCUGAAUGGUGGGACGGUCCAGGAAAGGAAGGCAUUGGAGGUCUUUCCAUCCAAACGUAUCUUACAAAGACGCAAGAGAGAAUGGGUGGUCCCACCAAUAUCUGUGUCUGAGAAUGGCAAGGGUCCCUUUCCCCAGAAGCUGAAUCAGCUCAAAUCUAAUAAGGACAGAGGCACCAAGAUUUUCUACAGCAUCACUGGGCCAGGGGCAGACAGUCCCCCUGAGGGUGUCUUCACCAUAGAGAAAGAGACUGGCUGGUUAUUGUUGAAUAAGCCACUGGACCGGGAGAAGAUCGCCAAGUAUGAGCUCUUUGGCCAUGCUGUGUCAGAGAAUGGUGCUUCAGUGGAGGAGCCCAUGAACAUCUCCAUCAUCGUGACAGACCAGAAUGACCACAAGCCCAAGUUCACCCAGGAUGUCUUCAGAGGGAGUGUCUUAGAGGGGGUGCUGCCAGGUACUUCUGUGAUGCAGGUGACAGCCACAGACGAGGAUGACGCCAUCAAUACCUACAAUGGGGUGGUUGCUUAUUCCAUCCAUAGCCAAGAACCGAAGGAGCCACAUGAACUCAUGUUCACUGUCCACCGGAGCACAGGCACCAUCAGUGUCGUCUCCAGUGGCCUGGACCGGGAGAAAGUCCCCGAGUACACAUUGACCAUCCAGGCUACAGACAUGGAUGGGGAUGGCUCCACCACCACGGCAGUGGCAGUGGUGGAAAUCCUCGAUGCCAAUGACAAUGCUCCCGUGUUUGACCCCCAGAAGUACGAGGCCCGUGUGCCUGAGAAUGCAGUGGGCCACGAGGUGCAGAGGCUGACAGUGACCGAUCUGGAUGCCCCCAACUCAUCUGCAUGGUGUGCCACCUACCACGUCGUGGGAGGUGAUGACAACAACUAUUUUACUAUCACCACUGACCCUGAGAGCAACCAGGGCAUCCUGACCACCAGAAAGGGCUUGGAUUUUGAGGCCAAAACCCAACACACCCUGUAUGUGGAAGUGACCAAUGAGGUUCCCUUUGUGGUGAAGCUCCCAACCUCCACGGCCACUGUAGUGGUCCACGUGGAGGAUGUGAAUGAGGCACCCGUGUUUGUCCCACCCUCCAAAGUCAUCGAGGUCCAGGAAGGCAUUUCUGCUGGGGAACCUGUGUGCAUCUAUACCGCGCGAGACCCUGACAAAGAGAAUCAGAAGAUCAGCUACCAUAUCCUGAGAGACCCAGCAGGGUGGCUAGCCAUGGACCCAGACAGCGGGCAGGUCACUGCUGUGGGCAUCUUGGACCGCGAGAAUGAGCAGUUUGUGAGGGAUAACAUAUAUGAAGUCAUAGUUUUGGCCACAGACAAUGGGAUUCCUCCCACCACGGGCACAGGGACCCUCCAGCUAACACUUAUUGACAUCAAUGACCAUGGCCCAGUCCCAGAGCCCCGCCACAUCACCAUCUGCAACCAAAGCCCUGUGCCUCAAGUACUGAACAUCACAGACAAGGACCUGUCCCCCCACACUUCCCCUUUCCAGGCUCAGCUCACACAUGACUCGGACAUCCACUGGACAGCAGAGGUCAAUGAGAAAGGUGACACAGUGGCUAUAUCCCUGAAGAAGUUCCUGAAGCAAGACACAUAUGACGUGCACCUUUCUCUGUCUGACCAUGGCAACAAGGAGCAGGUGACAGUGAUCAGAGCUACUGUAUGCGACUGCCAUGGCCACGUGGAAACCUGCCCUCCACGCUGGAAGGGGGGUUUUAUCCUCCCUGUCCUGGGGGCUGUCCUGGCUCUGCUAUUACUCCUGCUGGUGCUCCUCUUGUUGGUGAGAAAGAAGCGGAAGGUGAAGGAGCCCCUUCUACUCCCAGAAGAUGACACCCGUGACAACGUCUUCUACUAUGGUGAAGAAGGGGGCGGCGAAGAGGACCAGGACUAUGACAUCACCCAGCUCCACCGGGGUCUGGAGGCCAGGCCCGAGUUGGUUCUCCGAAAUGACGUGGCACCAACCUUCAUCCCCACACCCAUGUACCGUCCUCGGCCAGCCAACCCAGAUGAAAUCGGCAACUUCAUCAUCGAGAACCUGAAGGCAGCCAACACAGACCCCACGGCCCCGCCCUACGACUCCCUGCUGGUGUUCGACUAUGAGGGCAGCGGCUCGGAUGCCGCCUCGCUGAGCUCCCUCACCUCCUCAGCCUCUGACCAGGACCAAGAUUACGACUAUCUGAAUGAGUGGGGCAGCCGCUUCAAGAAGCUGGCGGACAUGUAUGGUGGCGGUGAGGACAACUAGGCCACCUGCCCUCAGGGCGGGGAACUAAACUUCAAGCCACAGUAGCAUCUCCAAGGGCCCUCUGUCCCCACUUCAGCCGAGAACUUUGGAGCUUGUCAGGAAGUGGCUUUAGCAACUUGGAAGGGAGAGGCUACAAGUUUGACAUUAGCGGGGUUGGUUUCUAAGCCUUUCAGAAUGGACAAAUGUGGGCCGUGUGGCUUCGGCCCUGAAACCUCUCAGCCUAGGUCAGAGUGGCCUCAGGUUGGGUUCCCAUGAGUCUCUCAUCUGCCAUAAUAGCUCAGCCCUGUGUCCUGGGCCUGGGCCUGCUCUGACCCAUGAUGACUUUCCCUCUGGAAUGGACCCUUCUCCUUAGAAAAGAGGCCUCUUAGUAAAACAAAAAUAUUUUUAAUGCUAUCUUCAAAGAGUUAGAGGCGGGUCCUCUAGAAGCAAAGCCCAGAGCUGCUGGACUCAGUGGCCCUCAUGCAUUUCUCUGACUUCCAGGCCCCAAGGCCUGCACUGGGAUGGAUGGAUCACUGUGUUUUUAUACUGAGCGUGUCUAGGUUGUCCUUUAUUUUUUAUUUUCCCUGUUGUGUGCUAUAGAUGAAGGGUGAUGACAAUCAUGUAAAUGUACUGGAACUUUUUUAUUAAAGGAACUUUUCCCAGA